CAGGAGUCAAAGGAGGAGAGUGGAUUGCAAAAGAAGAGAACAAAACAGCAGCUGGAGAAAACGAAGUUUGCUGCUAAGAGAAAAAUUGCACAGAUGACUGAAGAGGAACAGUUUGCACUGGCCCUGAAAAUGAGUGAGCAAGAAGCCAGACAAGUGAACUGUCAGGAAGAGGAAGAGGAGGAGCUCUUGAGGAAGGCCAUUGCUGAGAGCCUUAAUAGCUGUCAGUCCUCGGACUGCACUGAUGCAACCCCUCAGUUGUGUGCAGAAGGCCAAAGCCAGCCUGCCGAGAAGGAAGGCUCUGAAAUCCUGGGAGGUCUGGCGCUUUGCCCUGGCACCCCUCGCUCCGAGUGCAGCUCCCACUCACAGAGCACCAGAGCUGAUGGGAAUGGACAGAUGGAUGUCGCCCGGAGCCCCCUGGUAGUGUUGAAGAGGUUAAGCCAGGAAAUUGUUGAAAGCUCACUAGUAUCCAGCAUAAUCGUGUCUCCGGGGAAGGGCCUGCCUGUGACAAGGUCAAGUGAAAAGCUUUCCUCUUCAGCAAAAAGUGAUUCUAGUAACACAUUACCCAGCACUCUCGGAGAGGACCUCGUCUGUCCAAGUCCCACCUUUGGCAGGGUGACUCCAGGCUCCCGGCGACUGACACCUCGCAGACUGUUCAUGAGCUCCUCCAGCUCUUCUGGAACAAUAGGCCACGAGCCAAAAGAGCAGCCCCUGCCCUGCACUGGCCAUUAUGUAGGGGAAGCUGGUGCUGGGAGCUCAGCCACACUCUGGAAGAGCUGGACUGCAGAACAGGGUGGCAGCCCGAUGGGGAGCAGUGGAGAAGCAGGUACCAAACACAGCUCACAGCCCAGGCACGCCACCAAAGUCUGCGUUUCCACAGAGCAAGCAGAGCAGAAUGAGGUGCCCAACAGUACCCCUGAGCUUUGUGUCCUGAAUGCAGAAGAGAAGCACAAGCAGCAGGAGGCGAGAGACACAGUGCACUACUACUGGGGCAUCCCCUUCUGCCCCAAAGGGGUAGACCCCAACCAGUACACCAAAGUCAUCUUGUGUCAGCUGGAAGUUUAUCAGAAGAGCUUGAAGCAGGCUCAGAGGCAGCUACUGCAUAAGAAGGAGUUUGGUAGCCCAGUUGUGCCCAGUCCUUCCUUGAGCAAAAAUGAGCUUGGGAAAGAAGAGCAGAUAAGCAGGGAGAAUGGGGUUGCUGAUGGUACAGAAGAUGGAGGCCCAGAUGGGCAGAAGGAGUCUGAGAGCAUGACUUGGCUCCUGCCUUCAAAGAGGAGGGAGGCAGAGAGUCUGGGGCACAGCAUGGAAGAAGAGAAUUCUACUUCUGAUGAUGAACCAACUACCAGCUACUGCCAGGUGUCCCAGGCGCUCCCUGCAGACGAUGCGUGCGAGGAUGGGGAACCUAUGCAAGUUGCACAGAGCAUCUCUGUAUUGACCCCACUUGGCACUAAAAGGAGCCCAGAUACUGCCACAGAAAACUCUGCUGAAGAAGAGAUCUCUGUCUGCCCAGAGACCCAGCCGAGUCCACAGGAAGCUGUUGAGGUGAAGGGAGAAGAGCUCUGCUCGGACCCUGGAGGUGCAUCUAACCAGGCUGGUGGAGAUGAAGAUGUUGGUGGGACCGUGGCUGAGUGCAGUCCUACUGCUGCUGACUGCGUGUUGUGCCCUAUGUGUGACCAAGGCUUUCCUGCUGCGGAGAUCGAGCUGCAUGCCAUGUACUGCAACGGUGUCGUGGGACAGGAGGCUGGCAAGGACAGCCCAGUGCUCACCCGGCAUCAGAGAGAGGUGAGAAGAAAAGCAGCCAGCAGUGAGAGCGGCCCAUCAUCCUUAGACAUUGACAAGUGUGAGAAGUGCUACCUCUGUAAGUCACUGGUGCCACUGCUGCAGUAUCAGAGGCACGUGGACAGCUGCCUUCAGGCUGCUAGGCAAGCUCAGGGAACCAGGAGGCUGCGAAGAGCCAAGGACACUGGAAGGCAGGAGAGGGGACUCCUCAGGAUGCUGGAGCUCUCGGAGAGCAAGUCUGCAGGUGCUGAUGCGGGGACCCCCCUCCCUGGACUAGGAGACCAACAAUCCCCUCCUGCUCGCCCAGCCAGAGGCAGAGGGCCGAUGGGGAACAGCCCCAGCUCCCUUCGGCACCUUCCCUUCAACAUCUCCCCUGUGAAAUCCGGCAUCUCCUUCUUGGAAACCACGGCCUGCGUGUUGGACUUGGAGCCACAAGCGGCUCUUCAUCUGGGCAGCCAGCAGCAGACCAAAGGCUGCCGCCGAAGAUUUAAAAGGCACAAGUUCGGAGUCAACCGUGGGCAUCAGUUCCCCUCCAUGGCACUGUGUCCCUGCUCCACCGCAGCCCCGUUCUCCCACCCCCUUUUCUAUGUUUUCUACGACCUGUGCAGGGAGCACUGGGUGGAGCAGUGA